AGUGCGGCAAUUGGUGACAUCUAUACUGAUAAUCAGGGCACUGAUUAUCAGUGCAGCCCCAUUCAGUGCCCAUCAAUGCCACUUAUUAGUUCCCAUCAGAGCUGCCUUUCAGUGCCUAUUAGUGAUGUCUAUCAAUGCCCAUUAGUGCCUCCUCAUCAGUGCAGUCUAUCAGUACCAAUCAGUGCUACCUAUCAGUGCCAGUCAGUGCUGCCUAUCAGUGCCCAUCACUGCCAACUAUCAGUGCCCAUCACU